ACCCUCUGACCGUGCUGCUGUCCCCUCAGGGACCCUUCCAUGAAGACUGAGGCAGGCGCAGCUGCUGAGAAGAGCCUGCUGACAUGACAUCGGCCACGGAGUUUGAAAACGUGGGCAACCAGCCACCGUACAGCCGGAUCAAUGCCCGCUGGGAUGCCCCGGACGACGAGCUGGAUAAUGACAACAGCUCAGCCAGGCUCUUUGAGAGGUCCCGGAUCAAGGCCUUGGCAGAUGAGCGGGAAGUUGUUCAGAAAAAGACCUUCACGAAAUGGGUGAAUUCCCACUUGGCCCGAGUGUCCUGCCGCAUCACGGAUCUCUACAAGGACCUGCGGGAUGGGCGGAUGCUCAUCAAGCUGCUGGAGGUGCUCUCCGGAGAGAUGCUGCCAAAGCCCACCAAGGGGAAGAUGCGCAUCCACUGCCUGGAGAAUGUGGACAAGGCCCUCCAGUUCCUCAAGGAGCAGCGCGUGCACCUGGAGAAUAUGGGCUCCCAUGACAUCGUGGACGGCAACCACCGCCUGGUCCUGGGCCUCAUCUGGACCAUCAUUCUCCGCUUCCAGAUUCAGGACAUUGUUAUCGAAACUCAGGAAGGCCAGGAGACACGCUCAGCCAAGGACGCGUUGCUGUUAUGGUGUCAGAUGAAGACAGCAGGCUACCCCCGUGUGAAUGUCACCAACUUCACCUCCAGCUGGAAGGAUGGCCUGGCCUUUAACGCCCUGAUACACAAGCACCGGCCCGACCUGAUUGACUUUGAUAAGCUGAAGGACUCCAAUGCCCGCCACAACCUGGAGCACGCAUUCGAUGUGGCCGAGCGCCAGCUGGGCAUCAUCCCGCUCCUUGACCCCGAAGAUGUCUUCACAGAAAACCCCGAUGAGAAAUCCAUCAUCACCUACGUAGUGGCGUUUUACCACUACUUUUCCAAGAUGAAGGUGCUGGCAGUGGAGGGCAAGCGUGUUGGCAAGGUCAUCGACCAUGCCAUUGAGACUGAGAAGAUGAUUGAAAAGUACAGUGGGCUAGCUUCGGACCUGCUCACCUGGAUCGAGCAGACCAUCACCGUCCUAAACAACCGCAAGUUUGCCAACUCACUGACUGGCGUCCAGCAGCAGCUGCAGGCCUUCAGCACUUACCGCACCGUGGAAAAGCCACCCAAGUUUCAGGAGAAGGGGAAUCUGGAAGUCUUGCUCUUCACCAUCCAGUCCCGGAUGAGAGCCAACAAUCAGAAAGUGUACACGCCCCAUGAUGGGAAACUAGUGUCCGACAUCAACCGGGCCUGGGAAAGCCUGGAGGAGGCCGAGUACCAGCGGGAGCUGGCCCUGAGAAACGAGCUCAUUCGGCAGGAGAAGCUGGAGCAGCUGGCCCGGCGCUUUGACCGAAAGGCCGCGAUGAGGGAGACGUGGCUCAAUGAAAACCAGCGCCUGGUGGCCCAGGAUAACUUCGGGUAUGACCUGGCAGCCGUGGAGGCCGCCAAGAAGAAGCACGAGGCCAUCGAGACGGACACAGCCGCCUACGAGGAGCGGGUGAGGGCCCUGGAGGACCUGGCCCAGGAGCUGGAGAAGGAGAAUUACCACGACCAGAAGCGCAUCACAGCCCGCAAGGACAACAUCCUCCGCCUGUGGAGCUACUUGCAGGAGCUGCUGCGGUCCCGGCGCCAGCGGCUCGAGACCACCCUGGCACUGCAGAAGCUCUUCCAGGACAUGCUGCACAGCAUCGACUGGAUGGACGAGAUCAAGGCUCACCUCUUGUCUGCUGAGUUUGGGAAGCACUUGUUGGAGGUCGAAGACUUGCUACAGAAGCACAAGUUGAUGGAGGCCGACAUCGCCAUCCAAGGGGACAAAGUGAAGGCCAUCACCGCGGCUACCCUGCAGUUCACUGAGGAGAAAGGGUACCAGCCAUGUGACCCCCAGGUCAUCCGGGACCGCAUCAGCCACCUGGAGCAGUGCUUCGGGGAGCUGAGCAACAUGGCAGCUGGGCGCAAGGCCCAGCUAGAGCAGUCCAAGCGGCUCUGGAAGUUCUUCUGGGAGAUGGAUGAGGCUGAGAGCUGGAUCAAGGAGAAGGAGCAGAUCUACUCCUCCCUGGACUAUGGCAAGGACCUGACCAGUGUGCUCAUCUUGCAGCGCAAGCACAAGGCCUUUGAAGAUGAGCUCCGCGGGCUGGGUACUCACCUGGAGCAGAUCUUCCAGGAGGCCGAGGGCAUGGUUGCACGCAAGCAGUUUGGGCACCCGCAGAUCAAGGCCCGCAUCACGGAGGUGUCGGCCCAGUGGGACCAGCUGAAGGAGCUGGCUGCCUUUCGCAAGAACAACCUCCAGGAUGCCGAGAACUUUUUCCAGUUCCAGGGCGAUGCAGAUGACCUGAAGGCCUGGCUGCAAGAUGCCCACCGGCUGCUCUCGGGUGAAGAUGUAGGGCAGGAUGAAGGGGCCACACGGGCCCUGGGGAAAAAGCACAAGGACUUCCUGGAGGAGCUGGAAGAGAACCGCUUGGUGAUGGAACACCUGGAGCAGCAGGCCCAGGGCUUCCCCCAAGAGUUUCGGGAUUCCCCAGAUGUGACCAAUCGGCUGCAGGCCCUCCGGGAGCUCUACCAGCAGGUGGUGGCCCAGGCGGACCUGCGUCGACAGAGGCUGCAGGACGCCCUGGACCUGUACACGGUGUUUGGGGAGACCGAUGCCUGUGAGCUGUGGAUGGGCGAGAAGGAGAAGUGGCUGGCUCAGAUGGAGAUCCCAGACACCCUGGAGGACCUGGAGGUCGUGCAGCACAGGUUCGACAUCCUGGACCAGGAGAUGAAGACUCUGAUGGCUCAGAUUGAUGGCGUGAACCUCGCUGCCAACAGCCUGGUAGAGAGCGGCCACCCGCGCAGUGGGGAAGUGAAGCAGUAUCAGGACCACCUGAAUACCAGGUGGCAGGCAUUCCAGACCAUGGUGUCAGCGAGGCGGGAGGCGGUGGACUCGGCCCUCCGAGUACACAACUACUGUGUGGACUGCGAGGAGACCAGCAAGUGGAUCGUGGACAAGACGAAGGUGGUGGAGUCCACAAAGGACCUGGGGCGGGACCUCGCGGGUGUCAUUGCCAUCCAGAGGAAGUUGUCGGGGCUGGAGCGCGAUGUGGCCGCCAUCCAGGCCCGCGUGGGUGCCCUGGAGCGUGAGUCGCAGCGGCUGAUGGAGUCGCACCCGGAGCUGAAGGAGGACAUCAGCCGGCGGCAGGCAUACGUGGAGGAGCUGUGGCAGGGCCUGCAGCGAGCCCUGCAGGGCCAGGAGGCCUCCCUGGGGGAAGCCAGCCAGCUACAGGCCUUCCUGCAGGACCUGGACAACUUCCAGGCCUGGCUGUCCCUGACCCAGAAGGCCGUGGCCUCCGAGGACACACCCGAGUCGCUCCCGGAGGCCGAGCAGCUCCUGCAGCAGCAUGCGGCCAUCAAGGACGAGAUUGACGGGCACCAGGAGAGCUACCAGCAUGUCAAGGAGUCCGGGGAAAAGGUGAUCCGAGACCAGAAGGACCCGGAGUACGUGCUCCUGGGCCAGCGGCUGAGGGGCCUGGACUCUGGCUGGGACGCCCUGCGGCGCAUGUGGGAGAGCCGCGGCCGCUCCCUCGCCCAGUGCCUGGGCUUCCAGGAGUUCCAGAAAGAUGCCAAGCAGGCUGAAGCCAUCCUUAGCAACCAGGAAUAUACUCUGGCUCACCUGGAGCCCCCAGACUCCCUUGAAGCCGCAGAGGCCGGGAUCCGCAAGUUUGAGGAGUUCCUGGUGUCUAUGGAGAACAACCGGGAUAAGGUCUUGAGUCCUGUGGACUCUGGCAACAAGCUUGUAGCUGAGGGAAACCUGUACUCGGACAAGAUCAGGGAGAAGGUGCAGCUGAUUGAGGACAGGCACAGGAAGAACAAUGAGAAGGCCCAGGAGGCUUCAGUUCUUCUGAGAGACAACCUGGAGCUGCAGAACUUCCUCCAGAACUGCCAGGAGCUCACUCUCUGGAUCAAUGACAAGCUGCUGACCUCUCAGGAUGUCUCCUAUGGUGAAGCGCGAAACCUUCACAACAUGUGGCUGAAGCACCAGGCAUUUGUGGCAGAGCUGGCUUCCCACCAGGGGUGGCUGGAGAACAUCGAUGCAGAAGGGAGGCAGCUGAUGGAGGAGAAGCCCCAGUACGCAGACCUGGUGUCCCAGAGGCUGGACGCCUUGCACCGGCUCUGGGACGAGCUGCAGGCCACCACAAAGGAGAAGGCCCGGCAGCUCUCGGCCGCGAGGAGCUCGGACCUGCGCUUGCAGACCCAUGCCGAUCUCAGCAAGUGGAUCAGCGCCAUGGAGGACCAGCUGCGGUCGGACGACCCGGGCAAGGACCUGACCAGCGUCAACCGCAUGUUGGUGAAGCUGAAGCGAGUGGAGGACCAAGUGAACGUGCGGAAGGAGGAGCUAGGCGAGCUGUUUGCCCAGGUGCCCUCACUGGAAGAGGAGGCAGUAGACGCAGACGUGAGCAUCGAGAAGCGAUUUCUGGAUCUCCUGGAACCCCUGGGGAGGAGGAAGAAGCAGCUAGAAUCAUCCAAAGCCAAGCUGCAGAUCAGCCGGGACUUAGAGGAUGAGACGCUCUGGGUGGAGGAGAGGCUGCCUCUGGCCCAGUCAACCGACUAUGGCACUAACCUGCAAACCGUGCAGCUGUUCAUGAAGAAGAACCAGACCCUGCAGAACGAGAUCCAGGGCCACGCGCCGCGGGUGGAGGACGUGCUACAGAGAGGGCAGCAGCUGGUGGCAGCAGCGGAGAUUGACUGCGAGGACCUCGAGGAGCGCCUGGGACACCUGCAGAGCUCGUGGGACCGGCUGCGGGAGGCAGCAGCUGGGCGGCUGCAGCACCUGCAGGACGCCAACGAGGCGCAGCAGUACUACCUGGACGCGGGCGAGGCCGAGGCCUGGAUCGGCGAGCAGGAGCUCUAUGUCGGCUCCACCGAGACCCCUGAGGACGAAGAGGGCGCCAUCGUGAUGCUGAAGCGGCACCUGCGGCAGCAGCGCGCGGUGGAGGAGUACGGGAGGAACAUCAAGCAGCUGGCCGGCCGCGCCCAGAGCCUGCUGUCCGCAGGCCACCCCGAGGGGGAACAGAUCAUCAGACUGCAGGGGCAAGUGGACAAGCAGUAUGCAAAGCUGAAGGACACGGCGGAGACGCGCAAGCGAGAGCUGGAGGACAAAUACCACCGGUUCCAGGUGAAGAGGGAGACGGAAGACUUGCAACAGUGGAUUUCAGAGAAGGAGCUGGUGGCCUCUUCCCAAGAAACGGGGCAAGACUUUGACCAUGUCACUCUGCUCCGGGACAAGUUCCGGGACUUUGCCCGGGAGACAGGGGCGAUUGGGCAGGAGCGGGUGGACAACAUGAAUGCCAUCAUCGAGCGGCUCAUUGACGCGGGCCACAGCGAAGCGGCCACCCUCGCAGAGUGGAAGGACGGGCUGAACGAGAUGUGGGCAGACCUGCUGGAGCUCAUCGACACGCACAUGCAGCUGCUGGCCGCCUCCUACGACUGGCACCGCUACUUCUACACGGGCACGGAGAUCCUGGGCCUCAUCAACGAGAAGCACCGCGAGCUGCCCGAGGACGUGGGGCUGGACGCCAGCACGGCCGAGUCCUUCCACCGGGUGCACACGGCCUUCGAGCGGGAGCUCCACUUGCUGGGCAUGCAGGUACAGCAGUUCCAGGAUGUGGCCACCCGCCUGCAGACGGCGUAUGCUGCGGAGAAGGCAGAAGCCAUCCAGAACAAGGAGCAGGAGGUGUCCGCCGCGUGGCAGGCGCUGCUCGACGCCUGCGCCGGGCGCCGCACCCAGCUGGUGGACACGGCGGACAAAUUCCGCUUCUUCAGCAUGGCCCGCGACCUCCUCUCCUGGAUGGAGAGCAUCAUCCGGCAGAUUGAGACGCAGGAGAGGCCCAGGGAUGUCUCCUCCGUGGAACUGCUCAUGAAGUAUCACCAGGGCAUCAGUGCGGAGAUCGAAACCCGGAGCAAGAACUUCAGCGCCUGCCUGGAGCUCGGCGAGUCCCUGCUGCAGCGGCAGCACCAGGCCUCAGAGGAGAUCCGGGAGAAGCUGCAGCAGGUGAUGUCCAGGAGGAAGGAGAUGAAUGAGAAGUGGGAGGCCCGCAGGGAGCGGCUCCACAUGUUGCUGGAGGUGUGCCAGUUCUCAAGGGAUGCGUCCGUGGCCGAGGCGUGGCUGAUUGCCCAGGAGCCCUACCUGGCUAGCCGGGACUUUGGACACACGGUGGACAGUGUGGAGAAGCUCAUCAAGAGGCACGAGGCUUUCGAGAAAUCCACGGCCACCUGGGCGGAGCGCUUUGCAGCCCUGGAGAAGCCCACCACGCUUGAGCUUAAAGAGCGCCAGACCCCAGAGCGACCCGCGGAGGAGACUGGGCCUCAAGAGGAGGAAGGCGAGACAGCAGGGGAGGGUCCCCGAGUUCACCGUGCAGCCACCGAGAGAACGUCCCCGGGGGAAGAAGAGGGGUCGUGGCCUCAGGACCUGCAGCCGCCACCCCCACCGGGGCAGCACCAGGACGGGCAGGAGGAGAAAUCCAGUGGGGACGAGAGGCUUGCCUCGGAGCCCCUCUUUAAGGUCCUGGACACGCCUCUGAGCGAGGGCGACGAGCCCGCAACGCUGCCGGCGCAGCGGGACCACGGGCACAGCGUGCAGAUGGAGGGCUACCUGGGCCGCAAGCACGACCUGGAGGGGCCCAACAAGAAGGCAUCCAACAGGUCCUGGAACAAUCUGUACUGUGUGCUCAGGAACAGCGAGCUGACCUUCUACAAGGACGCCAAGAACCUGGCCCUGGGGGUGCCCUACCAUGGGGAGGAGCCCCUGGCCCUGAGACAUGCCAUCUGUGAGAUUGCUGCCAACUACAAGAAGAAGAAGCAUGUCUUUAAGCUGAGGCUGAGUAAUGGCAGCGAGUGGCUCUUCCAUGGCAAGGACGAGGAGGAGAUGCUGUCCUGGCUGCGGGGCGUGAGCACCGCCAUCAACGAGUCCCAGAGCAUCCGCGUCAAGGCGCAGAGCCUGCCGCUGCCCUCCCUCUCCGGCCCGGACGCCAGCCUCGGCAAGAAGGACAAGGAGAAGAGAUUCAGCUUCUUCCCCAAAAAGAAGUAGCUCCCGGGGGCCCCCGCGGGUGGGUCCUCCUCCCGCCUGCCGCCCGCCAGCCGCCCUGCACGAGCUGCCUUCGCCGCCCACCGGGUGCCCCGCGGACAGGGCUCCGCUCCCCUGGCGCCCUCUGCGGGCCGGGCCUGGGGGCAGGAAACGGCUCUGAGGCACGCGCCCUCCUCUCCCGCCUCCUCCCCAGCUGGGGGCUCACUGGUCCCCUACACCCCGUAAAAGCUGGAGAAGGUGGCUGAGGGGUUCCUCAAACGCUGCCCGUUCCCAAAGCAAGUCUUUGCUUGGGGUCACCUCCCACCUGGUCGCCACCAAGGAAAGGGAAAGGGAAGAGGACCCUGGAAGAGCCUGGCCUGCCCCCUAGGGACAUAAGGAAGGAGCCUUCAGGUGGGUCGCAAGGGGCUGCUGGGGGAGUGAGGGGACAAGACAGAACGCAGAGCCCCGGGUGCCGCCAGCGUCCUCCGCACUAGGCUUCCUCAGAACUGGGCCUCUCACCUCAGGGGCCACCACAUCCCUUCCCCUCUCCUCCUCCCACCACAAAAGAGAGCACCCUGCAAGGUUGGUGGGUCCUGACUGAAGGGGCCUCCUGCCACCUCCAGCACCCUUUGCUCCCACCGCGGAGGCGAAGGGAGGAUGGGCAAGUUCAAGCCCGUUAGAGCUUAGGGGUCAGGGCUCAGACCUGAGGGGUGACAGACAGGUCUCACACUGCCAGAGGCUCUGCCUCUCCAUGCUGGGACCCUCCCCUCACUCUCAGUAGCAGCCAAACCAGCAAUACCCACCAGACACAGGCCCCCUUAGGGAAACAGUGUAGACCCCCCAGGACACAAGAUGCACAGCCCGGCACCUGGACUGAAGCAUCCAGAACCAAACGCCCAAUUGUGUCCCAUCUGCAGCUGGUACCAUCGUAGGGUAUUGACUGGAUAGGCAGCAAAGUUGAUCCCCUACCACCUGAGGGUGGUAAAUGUGGCCACACCUAGGUAUUACCACCCAUGUGACAUAAGCUGGCUUCUCCUGAAGGUCCCAGCUUUGGGUCUUGGGGGUCACAUGAGUACAGAGGUCACACAUCUACCACCCUCCAUCCCCAAACAGUGGAAGGGGCUCUGCAAUCUACAUCCCUGGGGAUGGCCUUCCCCGUGCCGCCAAGGUCAGACUUCUGGAGAGAGACCGUUCAUUCCACAAGGAUCUCUCCGCCACUCUAUUCUGAAAGCAACACACUUGCAGCCCAGCAUCUUAGUGGGGGUUAGGUCCAAAAGAGGGGGCAAGUUGGGGGCAAAAGGUGUUCCCCCCGAGGGAGAACAUAAAGGUCCCCAGGGCCUGCAGACACUGUUUCUACCACCUUCCCCAUGGGAAGGAGCCUUAGAUCCGUGGAGAUGAAGAGGGUGAGGCUCAGGUAGAAGCACCAGGGCCAGGUGUCCAGAAUCACGAGGCCUUCCCGGAAAUGCUUAGCACUGACCGGUGCGGCCACGGUGCAGAGAUGCAGUCCACCCUGUGGCCCUGACGACACAUCAGGGUGAGGCCAACUUCGCAGACAGGCACCACACGAGGGAAGGGUUAUCCGAUGCAGCCUGACGUCCCCAGGUCAGACGUUCCCACCUCUGUAGCCAGGGUCUUCAUUUGGCCUCAACACAUAUGACCCUACAGUGCUCUGCUUCUACAGGGAACCUAGUGUGUGUCGGUUCACCAGCCUCUUUCUACAUCUGGGGAAACCAAGGCAGUGCAGUGACUACACUCACCCAGCAAUAAGGGAGGCCUUUGGUGCGUUCAAGGGCAUGUCCUCUGGGGCAGAGAGCAGGUUCCUUGCUGAAGGGUAGAGGUGCAUCUCCCUCAACUGUUUCCCGGGGCCAGUCCUUAGGGAGCCAAGGGACAAGGGCCCACCUUCUCCCCCCAACGUGUGCCAAAGUAGCACUUAAAGUGAGCAAUUUCCAGCAAGCAAUUCCACAGACCUAAGAAAGAAAGGGCUCUGAGGGAAGAGCUAGGAGUCCACCACCCCAGGUCCCCUGGAUGGGGCAAGGGCAGCCAGCUGCAUGUGACCCACCAUCUCUUGCCAGCUCCCCACGCAUCCCUCCCACAUCACCCAGGCCCUGAGACACUUGACCAACUGGACUGAGACUGCAGGUGCCCAGCUUUGGGAGACCCUGUGCCACACCAGGGCUAAGCUCUGCUGCUGCCCUGGCAAGGUUUCUUUUUUGUUCUUACAUGUUUGCAGUCUUGCCUUUGACGGUACUCCCAAACUAGGUUGGCACAGCUCUAGUCCACACCAGCAUAACAGGCUUCCUCCCCAGGGCAGUUCAGAGGAAGCUCCUUCUGGGUAUGGUCAGGUGGUCCUCCCUCCCCUUCUCCUUCCCCUGCAUCCCUGGGCCUCAACUGAGGUGUGGAGGUCCUUGGGCUCCCCCCAACACACCUCCACUGGCACCCACAUGGGAGGCCUGUGCAAAGCUCAGCUUCCCCUCCUCAACACCCCCUUCCUGCCUAUCGGGGCCAGCCAGGGUCCCCUAGGCCGGUCCUGGCUCCCCUUCCUCCCUCAGUGGGAAGGGACAGAAAUCCAGAGGAGGAAGAGGCCAGAGGACCACACAGCUUGGUCCCUUGGACAAGCAAGCUCAGGGAGGACACAAGGAGGAGGUGGCUGCAGAGGAAAGCAACCCAGCUGGGCACAGACCAUGCAAUCUGGGCUGGCCCUGGGGCCGGCUGGGCCAUGUCCUCCACUUGCUCAACUGUGCUUCCACCAACCAGAGGAAACCCAUUUACUAGUUUUUCUAAUAAAUCAAUAAUGCUCUA